AUGGAGGGUGGAGUAUUUUUCAAGACAGCUAAAAUCUAUUCUGAAAAGAAAAGAACCAGAAUAGUGACAGAGACUGAGGAGAAAAGACAGGAAGGACUUCUUAUCAACACCCGCUGCCGCUAUAUUCCAGUCCUCAGUAUCUAUUCCGAGAAAUCUGAAAUUGCCUCUAGGCAGCUCCUCAAAUCAUUCGAAAUCGAUGAAACACAGUUUGUUGCAGUCACUUUUGUGAAGAACUCCGCUGUGGUAAACUGGAAAACUGCAAAAAACAAAUUCGCUAGAGUUGACUUUAAGGAGAAUUUGAUGAAGAAUAGGAAGCGUGAUUCUAAGGAAUCGGAGGACGAUUCUGGAAUCUUAUCGGCGAACACCGCAUCGCCAUUGGACUCCCAGUCACCAAUAGUUGCAAAGAUAAGACAUGCUACCGUAUCCACAAUGGGCGUUCCUCAAAGUAAUGGGAACUCUAAUCUGGAAUUAUUGUUGACUCAUGGACCCUCAACCUCCACAGUCGCACAUUAUGCUCCCAAUUUUUCGAAUUACAAUGUGGCUCCCGGAGUUUCAGCAACAGUAAGCAACGGAGUACCUCAGUACUCGAUGAAUGUCUAUAGACCACUCGAACAAGCGGCCAUGGCUACCAAUAGUUUGCUCAUUCCAUGUCAAAGGCAACCAAUUUCAUACAGAGCCGUACAUCACAAUAUGGAACAAGCGGGACACCAAGAAAACACUCGGCCUACUGGACCAUCCAAUAAGUCAUCGUAG